ACAACCGUGGCCUUCCGUCACAACUUACAAUCAUAUAAAUAUGGAUGAGCUGCCCGUUUCCGACCUCUAGAAGAAGAUAAGUCAUUUGUAUCAGAAAUAAAACUGUAAGAAGACAGACAAUAGUGUUGGAAAGUUGUGAAUCAUGGCGCUUGCAGUAAAGCACCUGUCAUCAUAUCGUUCUUCAUAUUUACAGGGCUCCCCUUCUUUAUUUUCAGAACGUUCCCCUUCCUCACCAUCGUUCAAGGUGAAUAGAGGAGGGGUGCAUGUAACUUGUAAGAAGAAGGACAUUCAUCCAGAGUACUAUCCUCAGGCUAAAGUGUACUGCAAUGGAGAGGAGGUAAUGGUUACUGGAGGAACCCAACCCAAGUAUGUGGUUGAUAUCUGGUCAGGCAACCAUCCCUUUUACCAGGGUAACAAGGCACCUGUUAUGGUAAAUGAUCGUGUGGAACAAUUCAAGAGGCGCUAUGGUGUCUCUAAGCUUUCUGAAGUUCCAGUACUCACAAAGGGUGAGAUUAUCUGGGACAAGAAAAAGCCUUUAUCGAAAAAGGGGAAGAAAUGAUCAAGAUCUAGUAGGCACCAGUUUAGACAAUUCUUUUCUAAUUUAUUAUUUGUGUCCCCAUGAUGUGUGUGUUAUGUAUCCAUAACUUUGUAAGUACUCAUGUUUUCCUAUUUUAAUUUAUUAAUAUUAAAGAUGGCUUAUUAGUUAUUA